CCUCUUCCAUUCUCCUUCUUUUUUUCUCUUCCUACUUCAUUCUUCAUCCAUUCAUCUUUCAUUCACUGCCAUCCCAUCCUAUCUCAUCCCGCUACUUCCACUCAAUUCACUGUUCGGUAAGCUUUCGACCCUGACCCUGGUUUCCCUUGACUUCAUCCCAUCUGCCCCUCCUUCCUCUUUCCUCUGUAGCUUAAAGCUCUCGGAGUCGUAGUCCAUUCCUAUCCAUCUGAGCCACCUUGUUGGUCCCCAUCGGUCAUCAUCACCAUCAACAUCACUAACCAAACAACUCUUCAUAUCACCAGCCAGUGAUUCCAGCCUAAUACCAUCAUCAACCAUGUCGGAAGAACUCACCCGGGUCGACUCCGCCGUCGCAGGUCUGACGAUAACGGCGAAGGACGAGAAACCCGUCCAGGUCACCAAGGACACCAAGGACACCAAGCACCGACGUCACUCCUCCACCGCGGAAGGCGUCUACAACAUCAAGGAACUCGAGGAGAAGAAGAUCGAAUUGACCCUGCCCAUUGAGACACAACGCACAGGAUGGAAGCUCAACACCUCCCCGUCCACCGUCGAAGACAAGGACAUCCUCAAACUCCACCUCGUCAACCCCCCCGUCAAGAAGAUUGACCUGCACUUCCCCCUGGGCCUGGAGGUCACGGCCCGCAACAUGAAGGGCGUCACGAUAAAGGAUGCGCUGGACGCCAUCUACAAGCAGUUCAAGAAACAGUCGGACGACGUAUUGACCGACCCCUACCUUAAAGGUUUCGAGUGGGACAAGGAUGAGUGCUGGACACGCCUCAUUGUCCACCAGACCAAGCAGGGUCCCCCCGCCCAGCCCAGCAGCAAGAAGUCCAAGAAGAAGAAGAACGAGGACGCAUAGAGAAGCUGCCCAACAGACUUGAUGCGUGAUGCCGUUUCUCCCUACCCUCUACCCUCCCGUAACGAACUACCAUGACCUCCUACCUUAAACUCCCCCGCUGUUGUCCGAUUGACUUUCCUCUUGUGUACUAUCCCCCUAUCCAUGGAGAAAAGGCAAAAAAGGCAUCGUUAAUUAGGCCAGGGGGCCGGGCAAGGCGGAGAUGCUAUCUAAUCCUUUGUAAUUUGAGACCCUCUCUAUCUUCGCGUGUUUCCAGAUUCUCCCUCUCUCUCUCUCUCUCUCUCU